UCCUUAACACAUGUCCGACUAGGAAACAUCGCUCGAAAAAAGUUUCCCGCCCUGCUCCACAGUCUCAUCAUUGUUCCAUUCUGUUCUUCUGUUUUCUAUCUAGUUUACAACAUGAGGCGAACUAGGGGUUCAAUGAAUAAAAACCAAAGUUUGCCAAAAAACGAAGACAUGGAGUCAAUAACAGAAUGGCAGUGGCAGGGGGACGGAGGCCGGUGGGAGUCAUACCCGCCGGCGGCGUGUGCCCUGCUGGAUUCGGCUCUGUCUGCGGGAACACCGGCCGUCACUCUGAACGCGGGUUCCGGCACCGCAUACGAGGUGGAUCUGAAGAACAUGGUCCAGAUCAAUCCUGUCACAAAGUACCGAAGGAAAAUUCGCAGUCAGACUGUGAAACCAGACAGUUUAAAUGAAGCUGAACCACAACCUGUCCAGGUUAAAGAGGAAGAGGAGGAGACAGAGGAGCAACCUGUGACGAAGAAAAGAAGAGGACGAAGCAAGAGUCAGGCAAAAAGCCAAGAAGGAAACAGUGAAGUUGUGAAGACGGUGGUGAUGAAGGGCAGAGCUCCAGUGGACCCUGAAUGCAACGCCAAACUCGGAAAGGCUCAUGUUUACAGUGAAGGAAGCAUCGUCUAUGAUGUGAUGCUGAACCAGACAAACCUUCAGUUCAACAACAAUAAGUUCUACCUGAUCCAGCUUCUGCAGGACGACAGCUCCAAGUCCUUCAGCGUGUGGAUGCGAUGGGGCAGAGUGGGCAAAGUGGGCCAGAACAGCCUCACGGCGUGUGGUGGAGAUCUGCUGAAGGCCAAGGACAUCUUCAAGAAGAAGUUCUUUGAUAAAACCAGGAAUGAGUGGGAACAGCGGGGGAGUUUUGUGAAAGUGGCUGGGAAGUAUGACAUGGUGUUUAUGGACUACAGCACCAAUGAGAAGGAGGAGAACACCACAGUGGUGGAUGCUGCUACCAACAAGAGGAGCUGCAAGUUGGAUCCAAAGGUUCAGUCUCUCCUGGAGCUGAUCUGUGACCUCAAAGCCAUGGAGGAGUGUGUGCUGGAGAUGAAGUUCGACACACGGAAAGCUCCUCUUGGCAAGCUGACUUCGGAACAGAUCCGUGCGGGCUAUGCAGCGCUGAAGAAGAUCGAGGAGUGCUUAAAGAGGAAGGGCAGCAGUCGGGACCUGCUGGAAGCAUGCAACCAGUUUUACACACGCAUCCCACAUGACUUUGGAUUGAGACCUCCUCCGGUCAUCCAUACAGAUGCUGAGCUGAAGGAGAAGAUUUCCCUGCUGGAGGCGCUGAGUGACAUCCAGAUCGCAGUGAAGAUGGUCCAGUCCAGCGCAGACAGUGAGGAGCAUCCUCUGGACCGACAUUACCACUCUCUGAAGUGUAACCUGCAGCCGCUGGACUCCACCAGCUCUGAGUUCAAGGUGAUAGAGAAGUACCUGCAGUCCACUCAUGCCCCCACCCACCGGGACUACGGCAUGACGGUGCUGGACAUCUUCUCAGUGGACAGAGACGGGGAGAGUGAGAGCUUCCUCUCAGAUCUGCACAACAGGACUCUGCUGUGGCACGGCUCCCGGCUCUCAAACUGGGUGGGCAUCCUCAGCAAGGGCCUCCGAGUGGCCCCGCCUGAGGCCCCUGUCACAGGGUAUAUGUUUGGUAAAGGAAUCUACUUUGCUGACAUGUCAUCAAAAAGUGCCAACUACUGCUUCGCCAACCAGAGCAACCAUGUGGGCCUGCUGCUUCUAUGUGAGGUUGCUCUGGGAGACUGCAACGAGCUGCUGGAUGCAGACUAUGAAGCCAAUAAUCUCCCUGCAGGAAAACACAGCACCAAGGGCCUGGGACAGACGGCGCCUGACCCCAAAAACUCUGUCACUCUGGAUGGCGUGACGGUGCCGAUGGGUCCAGGAGUGAAAACGGGAGCGGCUAACAGCAGCGGUUACUCCCUCCUCUACAACGAGUUCAUCGUUUACAGUCCAGCUCAGACUCGCAUGAGGUACCUGCUGCGCAUCCAGUUCAACUAUUCGUCUCUGUGGUGAAACGGAAACACCUGUGAACGCUCAGCGUCUGGUCAAACUUAUGAUUCAUUUACAGAGAAGUCCAGCAUAAUAUAAAGCUGCCAGGCACAAGGCAAAUGUGUUUUCUGUUCAAACAAUUGGGUGCAAGCAUACCAUUCCACCUAAAAAUGAACUAGAAUCACUUGUGGAUCUGAACUGGAGUCAAUGUCAGACUCUUAGGGUUUGUUUGUGUGAGUGAUUGCUCUCAUUUGAUUGGUGGCUUACAUCUAGUUGUGUUUGAUUAUCUGCAUCCGUACACAGAUUCGGGUCUGCUUGUUCAGUAAUAAACCAGAUUUUUCUGACAUUUGUCUCUGAGUGAUGCUGCAUGGAAACAUCAGCUAGAAAGAAUGUAAAAUGUUGAAAAUCUUAAUGAAAUCUUGUCUUUUCUGUGCUAAUAAUCUUGCAUUAAUAAAAACAGUUUAAUAUCCA